AUGGGUCUCGCAGAGCUCAACGUCAUCCCACAGGCUACUGGCGCCGCAGCAAAGACGGUCGAAAACCAUCAGGCGCCUCAGGAAUUAAUCUUGCAUGCUGCUUGGUUCUGCCCCUUCGCGCAUCGAGUGUGGAUUACGCUCGAGGAGAAGGGAGUGCCGUACCAAUACAAGGAAGUCAAUCCAUACAAGAAAGAACCACAUUUCUUGGCGAUCAACCCAAAAGGCCUAGUCCCAGUGAUCGAGUACAAAGGCAAAGCGCUCUCCGAGUCGCUCAUCCUCGUCGAAUUUGUCGAGGAGGCCUUCCCACAGGCGCCUAACCUCCUCCCACGCGACCCUGUCGAGCGCGCAGAGGCGCGCCAAUGGAUCGACAGCAUCAACAAGCAGUUCAUCUACCCCUACCAGCGACUUCUCCAAGCACAAGGCGCCGAGAACCAAAAAGCCGCCCUGGAAGACGUGUAUCACUUCCUCAGGAACUUUUCGGAGAGCAUUAAAGGGCCGUACUUCCUCGGAGAGCAGUUCUCUUUGGUCGAUAUCGUGAUCGCACCCUGGAUUAUGAGGGAUUGGGUCGUUACACAGCAUCGGGGGUAUAGGAGGGAGAACGCGAGCCCGAGGUGGAAGAUUUACGCGGAUUUGGUGCAGAAGAGGGAGAGCGUAGCGAACACCCUCAGCUUGCAGGAGCAUACGAUUGGGAUUUAUGACCAGUAUUUACGAGACGAGGCGGAGAGCGAGGCGGCGAAGGCGAUCAGAGAAGGCAGGGCCAUACCUUGA